AUGUCUGAAGUCUUUUACGCCCGUUCCUUCUCAACAGUCACAUGUGGUCUACUACUUGGCUCGACAUGCUGGGCAGGGUUCGCAGUCAUGCCUAGUCUCAUUGCAGCAAAGACAUCAACGAAUGCCAAGAUCGCUUGUUUUAAUGGUCUGAUUGAGUCUGCUGCAAAGCUGUUGAGUCCAAUUGCCAUUGCAACGGUGCGUGGCUUUGGUGUUGCCGCUGCUGCGACUGCUGCCAUGAUUAUCUUGCAAGCGCCCAUUGUUCCUCGUAAUAAAGACAUGCAGCGCCUACUCAACGAACGCCAAGAGCAGUAUGAGAAGGAUGAUGGCGCUGAGGGAGCUCGAAGAAUCGGAGAGAUCCGAGACUUGAAUUAUGGUAGGAUUGCGUUGUCUCUCGUGGCGAUGUUGGCGUGUGUGUAUGCUUCUGAUGCCGAGAGCGGCAGUGGACUUGCAGUAUCGUCCGUGUUGGAUGCUGGUCGACGCUAUUCGGGGAGUGGUGAGCCUCUUGCUGUUCGUAAGCCAGAGUAUGGGCUCGAGUAG